CUCCUCCUUCUCCUCCUCUCCUACCCGUAGGCCUGCUGUUGUUUGGCUUUCAUUUUUUCAAGCCUCAACUUGAUAAAAGUUUUUUUUUUCUUUUUUUUGUCUCGGUCAGCGGAACGUGUUGAAGUAAAGCAGGAAUGCGCAGGCGGCUGAGUCGCGGUUAGAAGCCGCACUGACGCUUCUCCCGCACGUUAACACGGCGGAGUUGUCGCUUCAUCUUAGUUCAGCUGUUCGUUAACGGGGGCCCCUCCCGACUCUCUGGAAGGACGAUGAACGGCGACUACCCAUCCGAUGCGGACUCCGAUGAUGCCAGGGUGGGCAAUGUAAACGAGGAACUCGUUUGCCCUCAGGAGUUUUUACCCACCUUUCAAGCUAUUGAAGGACCGAUACUGACCAAAGCGAAUCAGGUCGAGUACAACAGCAAACCGGACUCCUUGUUCUUUGAUGACGGCGUGAGGAGCAUCGACUUCAUCCUGGUGUACGAAGAUGAGGAGAAGGUGUCUGAGAGGAAGGACACGAUCGUUAGGCGUAAGGCUCGGCGAGAGUACUUUGAGGCCAGCCUGAUGAAGAUGGGCCUGGAGCUGGAGGCCACAUCCUCUGUCCUCAAUGACAACCUCAUAUUUGUGAAAGUUCACGUGCCGUGGGAGGUGCAGUGCAUAUACGCCGAGGUCCUUCACAUCAAGGUUCCCAUCGAAGUCAACACGACCCCCCCUCGCCCCUCCGUGUGGAACUGCUUCCACUGCGUCACCAAGUACUUCAAACCCGACGAGGAUCUGAUAAAAAAGGAGACGGACUACUUCACUGCGCCCUUUCAGAAGAACCGUAGGGAUUGCUUCUACAUCGGGGACAAGAACCAUUUCUUCACGCCAUCCAUGAAGAGCAGGAUGGCGUACUACAUCCUGUGCAGAGCUCCCUAUGAACUCAAUGAACGCGUUAAAAAGUUUGGCAUCACCAAACUGCUGAGUGGUGGAGUGUACAAAGCUGCCUAUCCUCUACAUGACUGCAGGUUCAAUGUCAAGUCCAGAGAAGAAAGCUGUCCCAAUGAGAGAUUUCUGCUCUUUAAGGAAUGGGCUCAUCCCAAGAACUUCUACAAGAUACAGCCUCUGGACCUCAUAAGGAGGUAUUAUGGGGAGAAGAUCGGGAUUUAUUUCGCCUGGUUGGGUUUCUACACGUUCAUGCUGGCUCUUGCUGCUGUGGUGGGACUGAGCUGUUUCAUUUACGGAUACCGGACUCAAGAAACAAACACGUGGAGCAAAGAGGUGUGCGACCCUGAGAUAGGAGGAAAGAUUGUUAUGUGUCCUCAGUGUGACCUCUGCCACUACUGGAUGUUAAACAGCACCUGUGACACUUCGAAGACACUUACCAUAUUCGAUAACUUUGGAAGCCUGGUGUUUGCGGUUUUCAUGUCAAUCUGGGUCACUGUGUUCCUGGAGUUUUGGAAGCGCUACCAGGCGGAGUUGGAGUACGAAUGGGACACAGUGGAGUUUCUGGAGCAGGGGGAGCCGCCUCGCCCUGAAUAUGAGGCCAAGUGCAUUUAUGACAGAAUUAAUCCUGUCACAGGGGUAAAAGAAAUGGUGCCUUAUACAGCAUGUGGACGAUGUUUUCGACUAUCCAUAGGAAUUGGGACCGUCCUGUUCUGGAUCAUGUUGAUCCUGGUUUCCAUCGUGGCCAUCAUUGUCUACCGACUGGCUGUUUUCCUCUCCCUGUCAAUCAAACUAAAAGACGCAGGCGAUCUGAAGAACCUAGAGCCGAUAAAGGAGUACGUAACACCACAGAUGGCCACCUCAGUCACAGCCGGCAUCAUCAGCUUCGUUGUGAUCAUGAUCCUCAAUACGCUCUACGAGCGCGUCGCUAUCUGGAUCACAGACUAUGAGCUCCCUCGGACCAGAACGGACUACGAGAACAGCCUGACGCUGAAGAUGUUCCUCUUCCAGUUCGUCAACUAUUACUCCUCAUGCUUCUACAUUGCUUUUGUGAAAGGAAAGAUAGUCGGCUACCCCGGGAAGUCAGUUUAUCUCCUGGGAAAAUACCGGAACGAGGAGUGUGAUCCCGGCGGCUGUCUGAUUGAGCUGACCACGCAACUCGCCAUCAUCAUGGGCGGAAAAGCAAUCUGGAACAACAUCCAAGAGGUCUUGCUGCCGUGGGUUAAGAAUCUGAUAUCCCGCUACUUCAACCGUUCGACCUUGGAGAAGGGUGAACUGCCUCGCUGGGAGCAAGACUUUCAUCUUCAGCCCAAUUUAAAACUCGGCCUCUUCUAUGAAUAUCUUGAGAUGGUGAUCCAGUUUGGCUUCGUCACGCUGUUCGUGGCCUCUUUCCCGCUGGCUCCGGUUCUGGCUCUGAUCAACAAUCUGUGCGAGAUCCGCAUCGAUGCUUGGAAAAUCACAACGCAGUUUCGCCGCAUUGUGCCUGAGAAGGCGCAGGACAUAGGAGCUUGGCAGCCCAUUCUUCAAGGCAUCGCCAUAUUGGCAGUCGCAACAAAUGCCAUGAUCAUUGCUUUUACGUCCGAUAUGAUUCCACGACUGGUCUACUACUGGUCAUUCUCUCUGCAUGAAGGUUACUCCGACCACACCAUGAAGGGUUUCAUUAACAGCUCCCUGUCUUAUUUCAACACCAGCGAUUUCAGUGGUACUGCAUUAAACCCUCCAAUCGAACGACUUCGCAACGUCACCAUUUGCAGGUAUCGAGACUUUCGGUUUCCUCCUGGACACCCCCGAGAAUAUGAGUACAACAUGCACUACUGGCAUGUGAUCGCUGCCAAAAUGGCUUUUAUAAUUGUCGUAGAGCACAUUGUUUACCUCACCAAGUUCAUCCUUAACUACGUAAUCCCAGACGUCCCGUACACCAUCAAAGAACGGAUCAAACGAGAGAAGUACCUGACCCAGGUCAUCCUUCACGAGACCAACCUAAAGCUGGUGACCAAGCGUUUAAGGCCAGUCAUUGAUGGGUUUUCAAGUCACAUAGAGGCAAAGAAUGACAACGAAAUCGAAAUGUCACAAUACUGACAGAGACAUGCUGCAGAGGACAUUUUGGUUCAGAGCUGUUGUUACUGGGUUAUUGUUGCUCCCAUAAAACAAUCCUUAGCAUUCUGGUAAGAAAACCCAACUUUGAAUUAAAAUCUGACCUGUCCAAGCUGUACCCUGCCUCUCGCCCAUUGACAGGUACCGGCCCCCCACGCGACCCUGAAUGGAUAAGUGGGUAUAGAAAAUGGAUGGAUGAAUUAAUAUCUUAAACUAUGCAUGGAUGUUUUGUGGUCUGUGAAGGAAAAUGUCUGUUUGAAAAGUUUCAAGACAAAAAAAGGGGAACUCCCUUUUCCCCCUUAUCUAACCAAUAUGUUUGGUUUAUGUUGGCUGUGGAGUUAUUUUUGUGUGUCACUAUGUAAGAGAAAUGUAAAAUAACUGGUAAAGAUGACAGAUACAACCUCAGAUGAACUAAUUUGCCUUAAACACGUGAAUUAUUGCCAUCUGGUGCCUUCAACUGACUAUGUGACUGCAACAUUUUGGUUAUGCUGUGUCUCCCACUUCUCCUAAAUGCUGCAUGUUAGGAGCUUUCACGGUAAACGCUCCACCCUAAUGAUAUCAUAAAAUGUCAGUAUUGCAUUAGGAGUAACAUGCAACAUCUAUGGGCUCCACAUAGUUUUAGAACAAGUUUUGUUUUAUUUUCUGGGUCAUUUUUAUACUUCAUUUCUUGAAAGUCCACGCUGAUCUGUGAAACGGGAUUGUGAGCCAGAAACGUAUGACUGCACAAGUGUUUACAUUUUACAAAAGUUUUGUCUCUUAAGCUGGUUUGAUCUAACCCAUCAGACUUCAAAGACAGUUUGCGUGCCGAUGUGCUGGAAUGGCCUGUGGAAAAGCAUGCUUACAGUUUGAUUAUUGACCGUUGUGAACUUGUAAACGUACACAAACGGUCUAAUUACCGCGUCAAAUUGUGUCCGUUUGUUGACACGAGCGUAACCUCUCUUUCUGCUUCCAGCUAUAUUCACCAACGUUGCACUUUUUCUACUGCUUAAAGUUGCUUUGAUAACCACUGUGUGUUACAUUCUCAGAGAAUUAAUAAUGCACUUAAAUUUAAUUUGUACAAAUGUGUCGAAACCAAUGUUGUAUUAUGGGUUGUAUUUAAGCAAUGGUACUCAAUCCAGCUGUCACGCAUGCAAACAGUAUCAUUUCUGCGUGAGAUUUUAUAUAUUUUUGUGUUGUCACUGUUAUUCUGUUAUUAUACUGUUUUCUUUAGGAAAAAUAAAUAAACACUUGCUCAUUUCA